UAAUUAAUAAGCACAGCUCUAAUGCGCUUCCUUCACUCAUCCUUUUCUCGCCAUCUCUGUCAUUCCUCCCCGUGUUUUCAAGCAAUCUCCAUGAAAAAUUCGUUUAUAGCAUCAACCUAUACAAUCACAAAGCUCAUUUGUUGACGACAAAUUUUGAUUAUUUUUGCUUCAAUAAGGUUCUGUUCUUUUUGGUUCGAAAAUGCUUCUGGGUUAUCAGUGAUUUGAUAAGAUAUUUGUUUAAAGUUGCAAAAUCAGUGAGUGAGUGAUCAGUUUGGAUGGUUGGCUGUGAGGGAUUGGCAGGAUUGCUUUGUAAGAAGUCAGGAGGAGAGGAGGAGCUCGGGGUUUUUUAUCCUAUUAGACCAGAAUGUCAAGAGAACGCUUCUAGGACUCGUUUCAGGCUUAGGGCUGGGAAAACUUUAAGCCCGAGGAAGUGGCAUGCUGCUUUCUGUGAAGAUGGUCAUUUGGAUAUUGCAAAAGUGCUUACAAGGAUCCAAAGAGGAGGUAUUCAUCCAGCGAUAAAAGGGUUAGUCUGGGAGUUCUUGUUAGGAUGUUAUGGUCCUAAUAGCACAUUUGAAGAACGGAAUCAGAUUAGGCAACGCAGGAGGGAGCAGUAUAGCAUAUGGAAAGCUGAAUGUAAAAAUUUGGUUCCUGUUAUUGGUAGUGGAAAGUUUAUUACAACACCUAUCAUUACUGAUGAUGGUCAACCAAUAACUGAUUCUUCAACAAACAAUGAUCAAGGAGUACAUGUAAAUAAUGCUGUUUCAGACAAGAAAGCCAUUCAGUGGAUGCUUCUAUUACAUCAAAUUGGUCUGGAUGUUGUACGCACAGAUCGAACACUUGUCUUUUAUGAAAGUGAGACGAACCAGGCAAAACUUUGGGAUGUUCUUGCAGUUUAUGCAUGGGUGGAUAGUGAUAUUGGUUACGUCCAAGGGAUGAAUGAUAUUUGUUCUCCAAUGGUAAUUCUUCUUGAAAAUGAAGCAGAUGCCUUUUGGUGUUUUGAUCGGGCAAUGAAAAGACUGAGAGAAAACUUCAGGUGCAGUGCAAGUUCAAUUGGCGUGCAAGCUCAGUUGAGUACACUCUCACAAGUAAUUAAAACUGUUGAUCCAAAGCUUCACAAACACCUUGAAGAGCUUGAUGGUGGUGAGUAUUUGUUUGCAUUUCGCAUGUUGAUGGUACUUUUUCGAAGGGAGUUCACUUUUGUGGAUGCAUUGUAUCUUUGGGAGCUGAUGUGGGCCUUGGAGUACAACCCAAAUAUGUUCUCCAUAUAUGAGGAGCCUAGUGCUGCCACAGAUAAGAGUAGUGCAACAUUGUCAACUAAGGAGCUGGUGAAGAACUGUGGCAAAUUUGAGAGAAAAAACGUGAAGACUGGAACUUCGGGUCAACCAACUGCACUUGCUGUUUUUCUUGUUGCAAGUGUUCUCGAGACCAAGAACAAGAGAAUCUUGAAUGAAGCUAAGGGUCUUGAUGAUGUUGUCCAGAUAGUGGAAGAGAUUACUGGAAAUUUGGAUGCCAAAAAGGUUUGUAAAGAUGCAUUGAAGAUCCAUAGCAAGUACCUUAGCAAGGCCAAAAUGCCAUAGCAAUAUUGCUGGAGAGCACCAAGGCAACACAUGAAAUUGGCUGGCUGGGGCUUCAGUUGUUUUCAUAGAUUGUUUAUCUUAGUGACAGUGUGCUGUAACAAUUCCCCCCCCAACCCCACCCCACAUUCAAAAAAAAAAACAAAAAAAGAAAUCUGUGUAACUUGUUCUCUUCUAUUCAUUUAUUCAUUCUUUUCAGUGUGCAGCAA